AUUCCUCUCCCCCUCCCUCUCAACAUUUACUCUUGCAACUUUUCUCUUAUGAUAAAGAUAACUUUUUCGCGUGAUGAACGUCUUGGUUGGUUAACCUUUUGCCCUUCCAAUUUAGGAACAACAAUACGUGCUUCUGUACAUAUUAAAUUACCAAAAAUUAGUUUGAAAGAAAAUUUUAAAAAAAUUUGUGAAGAAUUAAAAUUACAAAUUAGAGGAAUUAAUGGAGAACAUACAGAAACCGAAGAAGAAAACAAUGUUUUUGAUAUUUCUAAUAAAAAACGUUUAGGAAUUAAUGAAUUUGAGGCUGUUAAACAAAUGCAUGAGGGUGUUAAGAAAUUAAUUGAAUUGGAAAAAGGAGAAGAAGAAGAAGAAAAUGAAAAUAAUUAAAAAGAUUUUAAGUGGAGCUGGGUAAUAUUGAACCUGACAGACCACAUUUUUCCUCUCCAAGUUUUUUCUAUAUAUCUAAAGAAUGGUCAGAAUGAUCGGAAUCAAAAAUUAUUAAUUAUUAUUCCCCAUUGGAUGGAAGCAAGGAAUUUAGAAGAAAGAAGUCUGACAAUCUGCAAAUAUAUGUAGGAAGAAACUUGGGGGAAAAAUGGGGUUUGUCUGGUUGUGAGAUAAUAUGCGGAUACCGUUUUUAUGUUUAUAAAUAGAUUUCUAAAUAAAUUUCUA